AUGCAUUUUCCGGCAAUUGAAGACUUUUACAAACGUUUGCUAUUUCUACUGCCGUUUGCAACCGAAUUUCCAUCGGAUGAUCGUCGCUUUAGUUACGAUGCGCCAAUGCAAUGGCAAUAUAUUUAUCCACAUUGUGGAGGCUCCGAUCAGUCGCCUAUUUCACUUAAUGCCCACAAGGUUAUACCCAUUGGUCUGCCGCCAUUGCAUUUCGGUCUCUACGAUGAGCCCUUCGAUGACUUAUUAAUACUGAGAAAUAAUGGACAUACAGUUGAGUUUAGUGUGCCCACAACAGUGUAUGGGGAGCGUCCCUAUAUAACCGGUGGAUUAUUAGGAGACUUUUAUGAAGCCAUGGCUGUACACUUCCAUUGGGGCUCCUCACAGCAAAAGGGAUCGGAGCAUUUGCUCAAUGGUCGACGCUACGAUCUAGAAAUGCAUAUAGUGCACCGAAAUACAAAAUACCAGAGUGAUGAGGAGGCGAGGAAUCAAACUGACGGCCUUGCUGUACUAGCUGUACUCUUCAAGGUGGUUCGUUCAAAUUAUCUACAUUAUCAGCCUGGGCUCAAUGAGAUCUUGGGCUCUCUGCUCCAUUUAAGCGAUUUUAACAGCAGUUACACGCCAGCUGCUUUCCUCACACUUGGUUCACUACUUGGUAACUUGGAUAGGGGCAACUUUUAUGCCUACCAGGGAUCACUGACAACGCCACCCUGUUCGCCAGUAGUUCUCUGGCAUGUGUUCGCUGAGGUAUUGCCCAUUUCGCAUCUGGAAUUGCCCAAGUUUUGGCAAUUGCGGGAUCGUCGGGGCCGACCACUGAUCAAUAAUUUUCGACCGCUACAAUCUAUAAAGAGGCGACAAGUAUUUCAGCGACGAUCUCCGGAGGAAUACUUUUGGACGUAGCAAAGCAUAUAGCUUAUUUAUUUAUUGUCAACUAUGAGCGGUCGACCUAAUCGAUUUAGUUAUAAAUUAAAAAAGUUUAAAAAUAAUAUUGGUUUAGAGGC